AUGGUAGCAAAAAUGAAGAAGGUAGAGAAAAUAGGUGGUGCAGAGGCUGCCUCCUCUGAUGCACCGUCGCGCCGGAGAAGUUUCACCAAACCAUCUUGGCUUCUUUGCACUAUUGCUGAUUUGGAUGAGAGGAUGAAGAUGCUGAUAUCGAAAAUCCCUAAAGAAAGUGCUGAUAGUUUUGCAGAAAGGGCCAAUGCCUACUAUCACCAAAGGCCUCAGCUGCUGGCAUUGCUUCAAGACUUGUACAAUGACUACCUCUCUUUGGCAGAUCGUUAUUGCCAAUCACUUGCCAAGAACAAUCAUCGUCGUAGUAGUUGUUGUUCUUCACCCUCGAAUUUCGAUGAAAAUCAAUGGUCUGAUCAGGGAGACCCUGGGGGAGUCGUUGAUUUGGAAAUAGGAAGUAUAUUACCUUUACAGCCUCCCUUUCCACUUCCAACCAAAGUGGACGUCGAAAUGCUAAUAGCCGACUUGGUUAUGAACACAGUGGACUAUGAGAUUCUAUCGAACGAGCUUAGCGUGGAAGAGAAGAGGUCUAGUGAAUCGGAAAGGAAGAUAGAGCUGCAAAAGAACUUGUUGGAUGUGCUCGAGUCGGAAAGGUUAAUACUACUGAACGAUAACGCGACAUUGGGAUACAGAUUGUCCGCAUUGGUAGAAGAAAACAAAGGGUUAGUUUCAGAAUCUCUGUUUAUGAAGAAGAAGGCUGCCGAACUAGCGAGGUGUCUACUGAAGACGAGGGAGGAUCACAGGGUAUUCGUGCUGAGUCGAAAGAUUGAAGAUCUGCAGGGGCAGAUAUAUGGACUGGAGAAGAGAAAUAAGGAGUAUUAUGAACAGCUUGUUAGACAAGAUGAAAAGAAGAAGAAGGGUAAGAAAAAGGAUGUCAAGAUUAAAGAUCGGGUGAGUUUGGAUGACUGCUUUAAAGUGCGUGCAAGUGAUGCUGACAAUGUGAAAACGGACUUCAAGCAUAAAGAUGGUGGUGUUGAAGGUGCAAGAGUUUCCAAGUUGUGGAAUAGAGUCAAGAAAAUGGAUCUGUUCAGUUGUGGGCCUCAUUUCAAUUUUAAUACCAGCCAAGAUAACUAA